AUGCCUCAUACCUCUGCACCUGUCAAUGCAUUCUAUCGGGCGGAUGGUCCUCCACAGCAACUUCCAUCAUUAAUGUAUCACACAGAGAUGCUCUAUCCAACGGCAUCAUUUAUCUUGAUCUCUCCACAAGAAGAGAUGGCAUUCUCUACCCAUACGCUGCGGGGACACAUUCAUACUCCAUCGCGUGUUUUCACAACCACAUCGUUUUGUGCAACCACACCCAUCCCUGUUUGUGGUUCCACUCCCAAAGUCACCAAGUCAGUAUCGUUUUUAGCAGACAAGGUUUCCCAGAAUGGCGAGCCAGAACAGAUGUCAAUGUGGUCUUCCAUCUUGUCAACGGAGUCCAAUGACUCCAAAAUUCCCAAACCAGAGGGUGAAGCAGGGCGCCCAGGUCGUGGAGGAUACAACUUGGAAAAGGCACUUAACUGGGAUGCUGAUCAGUUCAAGAAGUUAAGGGAGCAUUGCCACCAAUCGAUCAAUAAAUAUUGCGACACUAGCAAGAGCAAGACAAACCAAACACCUAAUGCGUUGACCUCUGUUGAGAGUGAGACCAUGCCCAUUUCUAUUCGGCUAGAUGAUCACCUCAUUGAGAUGUCCCGCCUGAUGGCUUUUUUCCCCCCUCAUCCUGAUGAGGAUCCAACCGAUUCAGCUGUCAAGUCUUGCUCGCUCCAGGAGCUUCACCCUGUGCACACAUAUCCACCCACACCCCAGCCUGCCUCUACCGUGAUCCACACUCGGCCGCUCGAGCCUACCUCGCUCGGUGAGGACUUCACAAUGGCACUAUAUAAACUGUUGGUGGCUCUCCAUAGGAUGAGAGAGGAGGAGGAUGAGUGUCCAAAUAAAGUUGUUCUCAAGGAAACGGAUCAUUCAUCCGGGCUGCGUGAUGAUGUGCGUGAGCUACGCUAUAGCUACCACGACCUUUUGCUUCGAAAGCACCACGUGCAGAUGGAUGCUCACUCACACGAAUCGGAGAUGCAAUCCGUCAUCAGGCAGUAUCAUGACAAGAAUGCAUACCUUGAGUGCGACAAAGUCGAGGCACUCACUUCAUUGGAACGGCAGCACCGCAAUGAAGUUACGGCAAUCCAGAACUGGUUGGCACUUGACUUUGACGAGGCACAAAAUGCCGCACAUGUGGAACAAGAUAAUGUAUUGGCAGAGAAAGAUGCUUUAUAUCAAUGCGAGAUCCUUGUAGCAAGAGAGAAGCAGUGUGCUGAUAAUGAAAUGGAAUUAGUGCGCCUGGCCGCUGAGUAUGGUUCAAAAAUCGCUUCAUUGAAUAACCAAAUCCGACAGGCAACUCUUGUAGGCAAAAGACCUGCUGUUACAUGCCCUAACAUUCUAGGGUUUUCACCAAUUCCUGAUGUACGCUCAGAAUCUCUUGCAGACGAAGAACCUCAGACUUCCACCAGUGGCAAUGCUGGUUGUCCCUUGACUUCGCCAUUGGCUGAUGUUCUGAUUGAACACGCCAUGGUCGGAAUGCUCGCUGAGGCGCUCGUGAAAGCUCUUCAGGUUCAACAGACACCGUCCCCUUGUGGACCUCGCUCAAGACGUAAAAUCACUGACCCUCCUGUUGAAUAUUUCACCAACGCUCAACAUCGAGAGAAUAAGGCGAAUGUGUGGGACUUAUUCAAAGAGGUGUUCCAUUUCACGAAAGAUGAUGAGUACAUGCUUCAUGAGGGAGCAUCAUGCGAAACCAUCUCGUCCUUCAUAGGCGACAUGGGUCCCGGUCUUGACUUGCUUGCACUGCAGUGGGAUAUGACGACCACACACAAAAGAGGAACCACUGGACCGGAUGGUCCCAGCACUCAAUCAGGAGUGAUAUCACACACAAAUGUGAUCAAUGCCACAGGUGCUGGAGAAAAGCCCAUCCUCAGGUCCUUAGUGAUGGCACUCGUGAGACUAUGCGACAAGUGGGAGAUCGUCUGA